AUGUCUGUCAAUACGAAGCGUCCUAUUUCGAGUCUGCUGCAGGAUGUCUGCUAUCAUUUCAGCGGGGAGUAUUAUCGUCCUCCGGAAGUGGUCGUUGAAGCUCCGGGCCGCGUUAACCUCAUCGGCAAGCGGUUUUGUGUUCCGUUGGAAACCGACUAUCAAAUUGCAUCGUAUCAUCCUGAAUGGUACGACUACUUUUUGUGUGGCUUUCGUGGGGUAGUCGAAUAUCUCAAAGAACAUAAACUUUCCAAGUCUCUGAUGAAAUUUCCCAUGCAGUUCGGGAUCAACGUUAUGAUUGGCAGUGAUAUUCCACCUAGCGCUGGACUUUCCAGUUCAAGUGCAUUGGUCUGCUGCGCUGCGCUCUGCGCGUUGUACGCAUUUCGCGACAACGAGGGAGACGUUUUCGAGUCGAUUGAUAGGGUAUUUGUCGCUCGCCAGACUGCCCAUUUGGGCAGCCUCGUUGUAAAAGCCAGCAACCACCAGGGUGUGAAUCGCCUGGCCUGA